GGGACAUGCGUUGGAGUUGUGUUUGUCAAUGAACUUGUAGAGCGAAAGAGGCUGUGUUAGUUGAAUAAAUGUGGAUAUCGAGGCGAAGUGAGUCGUAUUUAAAUGUUUAUACUAGUCUGCAGAGCCCACGAGAGAGUAAUACUAUCUUUAAGCAACUACUGGCAUUUGGAAACAGGCAUGCUAUCUGGCUACUGUCAUUUACAGGAUCAUUGAUUUAAGUAACUAACAUCAUGUCUUGGUUUUGUAGUCAGAUGGUUUGGGAGAGAAGUGUUUGCAAAGCUUGUAAUGUAAGGGUUUUAGCUGAUUUAUAAGUGAUUGUGGAGUUUAAUACUAAAUAAUCUACCUUAAAUUCUCACAAGCCCUGAGGUUAAGCAUCCUAACAUGGGCUCCACCUUGCUAUUAAAUGUCAGAACAUGCCAGAAAACCUUAAAGCCUUUCUUUCACCAAGGAAGUUCAGCUUUCCUCACGCUGAAGACUUCCCUGUGCAAAUCAUCGCAACUGCCUCUCUCAGCACGCUUUCUGUGCACCACAGACUCUAACUCCUACCCAGGGGGCAGACAGGCAGACAGAGGCAACAAUAGACAGGGAGGGGUAAGAAACCCCACCAUCAGGCGUAGGGAGGAGGACUCGUUGGGCAAUGCUGUGAACUCCACUGUUCGGCAGAGGCCUUCCUUCCCCAGAUCUGUGUUUGCUGCUGGGACGGCAAAGAGGCAGGCGACAGAGCUACAGAGGAGGAAAGCAGUCUUUCAGGAUGAGGAGCAGCUAGGCAAGCUGCCCAAAGCGAGGGAUGCUGAAGGAGCAGAGAAGCUGCCGCCUCCUGACCGGCCGCUGUCCGUUGCCGAGUGGAGGGAGCUGAAGGAGUCUCUGGGAAAUCAGCAACGCUUUGACCUGCAGAUGAUGUUGGUGCUGUACAACACUGGGGCAGAGCUGGAUAUCGCCAAGUCCCUGCUGACUUUUGUAGCCAUGGAAACAGGGACGCUGUCUUAUGAGUUGUUAUUGCGGUACCUGAUGGUGUGUGUGAGCGGCGGCCACGACGCUGAGGUGUUUGAUGUCUAUGACAUAAUGAGGGGCAGUUUCUCUUCUCUGGAAACAGGAGCCUCCAGCCUCUUCAUCAAGUCCUUCAGCCGGACGGCGAGGUGGAGGGAGGCUCUCAGCAUCCUGCAUGAGCUUAAGAAGUGCAUUACCCCGUCAUCACGAAACUAUGGGGAUGUCAUCGCAGCAGCGAUGUUACAUGGUGACAAGACCACUGCCUGGGCUCUUUAUGGUGAAAUAAUUGGACAAAGACUGAGUCCACGCCAGGAGACCUGGGACGCUCUGUUUAAGGGAGUGAGGAAAACUGAGGAAGACCAAGGAAAGGAGGCAGAGGUCAUAUCUGAGUCGGAGCACGAGGAGAAGCUGCUGGAGAUUCUGCUCUAUAUGAGGAACAACCAGAUCUACCCUCAACUCAGCCUCGUCAGCAGCAUCAAGACCUGGUUCGAGAGUCUCCCGGGACAGAAUUGGACAGGAUGUUUUACCAGCGUCACCCCAAAGGGUGUGUGUAGGUGUUGCGGGUCUGAGUUAGAGUCCAUUCAGCUGACUGCUGAGGAGUACCAACAACUGAAAGAGAGAGUGAUGACUGACAUCAUUGAGGGACAAGAUGUUUUUAAAAAGACCACACCGCAGGAGUUGAAGAGGUUCAAGAAGUUUGUGAAGACUAAGCCACCUUUUGAUGUGGUCAUAGAUGGACUGAACAUAGCAAAUAUCAGCAGGAACAAAAAGAAGCUGUCAGAGACGUUGUUGGCUGUGGUGUUGGAGCUUAAACGGCGGGGCCUGACUAUUCUGGUGUUGGGGAGGAAACACAUGCUGAAGUCCUCCACGUCCUGGACUAAAUACGACAUGGACCUUAUCCAGCAGAAAGCUCAUUGCUUCUUCACUGAAAACAUUUCAGAGGAUGACCCCUUCUUGCUGUAUGCCACACUGCAUUCUGGGAACCACUGUCAGUUUGCGAGUAAGGACCUGAUGAGGGACCACAAGGCCUGCCUGCCAGACGCAGCCACCAGACAGCUCUUCUUCAAAUGGCAGAGAGGCCACCAGCUGGUGGUAGAUGGAGAUGUGUCAGCACACACGAGGGUCCGAUUUCAGACUAUUUCCAGCUAUGACACCAUUGUCCAGACUUCAGCCGACUCGUGGCACCUUCCCUACGAUGACACAGAGGACAGGAGCAGCUAUGAAGUACCACAACGUUGGCUCUGCCUUACCAAGAAGCAGAAACACACAUGCUCAUAAUUCAUAUGCUUUGAUCAUGACUGUGGAUUUGUAAAUAAAAC